AUGACAUACAACAUCACCGAGAAAGAGACGCAGCCAAAAACUUGGUGCCAUCUCAACGGCAGCCCGUCGGAGAUCCUCGACCGAUACUGCGUUUCCGAGCUCUGCCAGAGCUGGCCGGUAUACCGCGAUGCCUCAGAAUGGCGGAACUACCGCGAUGCAUUCGUCAAAGAUGGCGCGUUCGUUUUCACGACAUGGAGCGGCGGCCUGUCAAUCGACGAUUUCAUUUCGACCUCAAUCGAGGGCCGCGCGAACGGCGAUUUUAUCAUGCACCGUGUUAACGGUGUGCUAGUCGACCUCAAUCCGAAGAAUGACCGUGCCGUGGGCAAGAUGAAGGCGACCAUCACGCAACGAUUUCACUUUGACGGGGUUGACUUUGACGUCGAGUGCGACUGUCGCUUUAUCAACUUCUGUCUGAAAACAGACGGCCAGUGGAAGGUCGUUUAUAUCAAGCUCUUCUAUGAGAAGGAUCAAAUGGUACCCGUCGACGGUCAGAAUGUGCCGAGCUUUGGACGCGAUGAGUUAAGCCAGUAUCCAGCCGGGUACCAAUACCUUGCGGCGGCCCAGAAGCGCUUGGGACACCCUAUCCUGGAUGACCUUCCCACAAUGAACAACGCUGCCUUCUUCAAGCUAUACGAGGCCAUGGAUGCGUGGCUUGAGGGCCGUCAUGUCAGUGACCUCCUGCAGAUUCCGAAGGAUGCAUCGCCGCGAUAUUAA